AUGCUCUUCUCUUUGUAUCUUAAGUAUGGAAAGCCUCAAUUCAAAAUAUGGAGUUUACAGAAGAUUGUUGUUGUGAAGGUUUAUGCACCUGUUCCGACUGAAAACUUCAUAAGCAUCAAGUUCAAAGGAUUUCGAGGAACAAGUCGAUCGGAAGAUGAAUUUACACUUGCUGAUUUACCAUGUAUGAAUCUAUACGAUUGGAUUUCUUUGUUCUUAAUUUUGUCCAAAGAUGAACAGAAGUACGAGCCGAUCGUAGCUCAUUUGAAGAGGAUGCUUAUUUGUUACAUUCAUGAGAUUGCAAAGAUGGAUGUAGAAAUAACAUAUGUUCUGAAGAAAAAGCCGAUUCUGAAACCUGAGGAGGAAUCGAAGGAUCUCCAUAAGAUGAAGCUAGGCAAAAUCCGAAAAGACAAUUGGAGUGUUGUGUACCAAUAG